AUGCAACUAGACUUGCGGGGAAAUGAUAUGAGCGAGUUCAGUGUGGGAUUGAUAGGCAUGGCCCAACAGCCUGUGAUUUCAAAUUUGACCACAUUAGAGCGGGAGGAAUGCAUGGCUGCGAUGAAGAAGGCCAACGACAUGGACAUUCGAAGCGUGACAUUCCAGGUCUGGAUCGCGCCGCAGAUUCCGAACACGUGGAGCGGAAACUGA